GACGUUCUUCCGGAAUCUCCAUUUGGAGUGACGGAAGUUCGCAGCAGUCUGAAACAACAGCAGGCCCCCACCACUGCUGUUUUGGCUUCCGGGCAACAUGCACCAGCUGUAAACAUGGCGGAGGAGAUAUUGGAAGCAGUCGAGAAGUUGCAGUUAAGGCUCACAGAGAAUCAAGAGCCUCGCAAGCUGCUGAAAACUCUCAAAAGGCUGGGGGAGCUUCCUAUAACAGUAGACAUCCUGGUGGAAACAGGCAUUGGAAAGACAGUGAAUUCUCUGCGCAAAAAUGAAUAUGCUGGGGAGGCAGCAAAGAACCUUGUGGCCAAGUGGAAAAAGCUUGUGCCAGAGAGAUCUGCAGACAGGUGAGUUUUUUUUAAGGUGAUAUAUUGCAUAUUCAUAUCA